GUGAGCGCGCCGCGGCGGUGACAGACGCCAUUUUAUUUUGAAACUAAAACUGAACUGGUGGCAGAGCAGCUUUUCCAUUUCGUUCAGUGUGUUGCGAGAAACGGGGAAAGGGAUGAGGAUCUGAAGCACUUUCUGGGGGAGCACGAUGGUGAUCUUGAUUUUAAACUGAAGGACUCUACAGAAUACUGGGACCCACUGAUCGGAUCACCCAUUUGGAAGUCAAAAAUUUUCACACCUUUUGGGGGGGGGGGAGCAGAAGUAACCUAUCACUGAAGUGACUAAAGGGGAAUAAUGGUGAUUUUGCGCCGUGCUCGGCCGCCUGCUUCCGCCCCAACCAGCAAUGAAUCUUGACUCGCUCUCGCUGGCUUUGUCUCAAAUCAGCUAUCUGGUGGACAAUUUGACAAAGAAAAACUACAGAGCCAGCCAACAAGAAAUACAGCAUAUUGUAAAUCGUCACGGUCCUGAGGCAGACAGGCAUCUACUACGCUGUCUCUUCUCCCAUGUGGAUUUCAGUGGCGAUGGUAAAAGCAGUGGCAAGGAUUUUCACCAGACACAGUUUCUGAUCCAGGAGUGUGUGUCGCUGAUAUCAAAGCCAAACUUUAUCUCUACUCUGUGUUACGCCAUUGACAAUCCCCUGCACUACCAGAAGAGUUUGAAGCCAUCGGCCCACUUAUUCACUCAACUGAGUAAAGUUCUUAAGCUCAGCAAGGUCCAAGAGGUCAUUUUUGGUCUUGCUUUGCUCAACUCCAGCAACGCAGACCUUCGGGGUUUUGCUGCACAAUUCAUCAAGCAGAAACUUCCAGACCUCCUGCGGUCUUACGUUGACGCAGAUCUUGGUGGAAACCAGGAAGGUGGCUUCCAAGACAUUGCCAUAGAGGCGUUACACCUACUGCUCUCCCAUCUACUGUUUGGCCAGAAGGGAGCCAGUGGGGUCGGGCAAGAGCAGAUUGACGCCUUCCUCAAGACACUUUGCCGAGAUUUCCCCCAGGAGCGCUGUCCUGUGGUGCUCGCACCACUGCUGUACCCUGAAAAACGGGACAUUCUCAUGGACAGGAUCCUACCAGACUCGGGGGAGUUAGCUAAGACCAUAAUGGAGAGUUCUCUAGCAGACUUCAUUCAAGAAGUUGGCUAUGGCUUCUGUGCAAGUCUGGAUGAGUGCAGAAACAUAAUCCACCAGUAUGGGGUGAGAGAGGUGACUGCCAGCCAGGUCGCCAGAGUCCUGGGCAUGAUGGCUCGGACCCACUCUGGCCUAACUGAUGGCAUUCCAUUGCAGUCCAUCUCUGCUCCAGGAAGUGGGAUCUGGAGUGACGGUAAAGACAAGAACGAUGGUUCGCAGGCGCACACAUGGAACGUUGAGGUUCUCAUCGAUGUUGUCAAAGAAGUGAAUCCAAACUUGAACUUCAAAGAGGUGACCUACGAACUGGACCACCCAGGAUUUCUAAUCCGGGACAGCAAAGGCCUGCACAUCGUGGUGUAUGGUAUCCAGAGGGGGCUGGGAAUGGAAGUGUUUCCUGUUGAUCUCAUCUACCGACCGUGGAAACAUGCUGAGGGACAGUUGUCCUUCAUUCAGCACUCUCUGAUGAACCUAGAUGUGUUUUGCUUUGCUGACUUCGCUUGUCACACUGUGGCCAUUGACAUUCUUAAGGCCCCACCAGAGGAUGACAACAGGGAGAUUGCCACAUGGAAAAGUCUUGACCUCGUGGAGAGUUUGCUCAGGCUGUCGGAGGUUGGCCAGUACGAACAGGUGAAGCAGUUGUUCAGCUUCCCAAUCAAGCACUGCCCGGACAUGCUGGUGCUGGCGCUACUGCAGAUCUCCACCUCUUGGCACACUCUGCGUCAUGAGCUCAUCUCUUCCCUGAUGCCCAUCUUCCUGGGCAACCACCCCAACUCUGCCAUCAUUCUGCACUAUGCUUGGCAUGGACAGGGACAGUCUCCCUCCAUCCGUCAGCUCAUUAUGCAUUCGAUGGCUGAGUGGUACAUGAGAGGAGAGCAGUAUGACCAGGCCAAGCUAUCUCGCAUCCUGGACGUUGCCCAGGAUUUGAAGUCUCUAUCGAUGCUGCUGAAUGGUACUCCAUUUGCCUUUGUUAUUGACCUUGCUGCACUUGCCUCUCGCCGUGAAUACCUCAAACUUGAUAAAUGGCUGACUGACAAAAUCAGAGAACAUGGAGAACCUUUCAUCCAGGCGUGUGUGACGUUUCUGAAGAGGCGAUGUCCAUCCAUAAUGGGCGGCCUGGCUCCUGACAAGGACCAGCCCAAAAGCGCCCAGCUUCCCCCAGAAACUUUAGCCACCAUGCUGGCCUGCUUGCAGUCCUGUGCUGGGAGCGUGUCUCAGGAGUUGUCGGAGACCAUCUUGACUAUGGUUGCCAACUGCAGCAACGUCAUGAACAAAGCCCGUCAGCCACCACCAGGGGUCAUGCCAAAGGGGCGUGCCCCGAGCACCAGCAGCCUGGACGCCAUUUCCCCGGUACAGAUGGACCCUCUGACUGGCAUGGGAUCGUUGAACCUCGGAGGAACAGCCACCUCACACACUCAAAGCAUGCAAGGUUUUCCAACCUCUCUAAGUUCAGCUUUCAGUAACCCCCAGUCGCCAGCAAAAGCCUUCCCACCACUCACCAAUCCCAACUCCAGCACACCGUUCGGGGGUAUUGGCAGCCUCGCCUCGCAGCUCCCCGGUAUGGACACUGGUCCAUUGGGCUCGGGUAUUGGUUCUGGUAUCGGGUCUAGUCUGGGGAUGCCAACCGUGAGCACGGACCCUUUUGGUACCAGGAAGAUGAGCACACCAGGCCUGAACCCGCCGACUUUUCAGCAGAGUAAGAUGAAGGCCUCUGACCUUUCUCAGGUGUGGCCAGAGGCAAACCAGCACUUUAGUAAGGAGAUCGACGACGAAGCCAACAGUUACUUCCAGCGAAUCUACAACCACCCACCUCACCCAACUAUGUCUGUAGAUGAAGUACUCGAGAUGCUUCAGCGGUUCAAGGAUUCAACCAUCAAGCGAGAGCGAGAAGUGUUCAACUGCAUGCUUCGCAACUUGUUUGAGGAGUACAGAUUCUUCCCACAGUACCCAGACAAGGAGCUGCACAUCACUGCUUGCCUCUUUGGCGGCAUCAUCGAGAAGGGCCUUGUUACCUACAUGGCCCUGGGCUUGGCCCUCCGAUAUGUUCUUGAAGCCUUAAGAAAACCAUUCGGAUCCAAAAUGUAUUACUUCGGAAUUGCUGCCCUAGAUAGGUUCAAAAAUAGACUAAAGGAUUACCCUCAGUAUUGUCAACACCUGGCUUCAAUUGCUCACUUCUUGCAAUUUCCCCACCAUUUACAAGAGUGCGUGCAGUAUAUCGAGUAUGGCCAACAGUCACGGGACCCUCCGGUGAAGAUGCAGGGAUCCAUCACCACGCCUGGAAGUCUGGCCCUGGCACAAGUUCAAGCCCAGGCGCAGUCUCAGCAACCCGCCGGCCUCAAACCGCCACAGCCGGGCCAGCCGAGCACCCUCGUCACGACCACCACCACGACGACCACGGCAGCCAAAACCACCACCAUCACGAGACCGACGCCCAGCAGCUUCAAGAAGGACGUCCCUCCCUCUAUAAACACUACUAACAUCGACACGCUGCUCGUGGCCACUGACCAAACGGAAAGGAUCGUAGAGCCUCCAGAGAAUGUCCAGGAGAAGAUCGCUUUUAUCUUCAACAAUCUCUCUCAGUCCAACAUGACACAGAAGGUUGAGGAGUUGAAGGAGACGGUGAAAGAGGAGUUCAUGCCCUGGGUGUCUCAGUACCUGGUGAUGAAGCGUGUCAGCAUUGAGCCAAACUUCCACAGUCUCUACUCCAACUUCCUGGACACGCUCAAAAAUCCUGAGUUUGUCAAGAUGGUCCUCAAUGAAACUUACCGGAAUAUCAAGGUUCUUUUGACCUCGGACAAGGCAGCUGCAAAUUUCUCGGAUCGCUCCCUGCUGAAGAAUCUUGGCCACUGGUUGGGCAUGAUUACACUGGCCAAAAACAAGCCCAUCCUCUAUACAGAUCUGGAAGUCAAGUCUCUACUACUGGAAGCGUACGUGAAAGGCCAACAGGAGCUACUUUAUGUGGUUCCUUUUGUUGCCAAAGUUUUGGAGUCUAGUCUGCGAAGCAUGGUAUUUCGGCCACAGAAUCCUUGGACUAUGGCUAUCAUGAAUGUUCUUGCUGAGCUGCAUCAGGAACAUGACCUCAAGUUGAAUUUGAAGUUUGAGAUUGAGGUUCUUUGUAAGAACCUGUCUCUGGACAUCAAUGACCUGAAGCCGGGAAACCUGUUGAAGGACAAGGAGAAGCUGAAGAGCCUGGAAGAACAGCUGUCUGCACCAAAGAAGGAAGCAAAACCUCCAGAAGAAAUGAUACCUGCAGGAGAAUUUGUUCCGUUUGCAGCUCCUCCCUCAACCCCAGCUGCUACCACCAACACCUGCACAACCACCGGCCCCCCCACUCCUCAGUUCAGCUACCAUGACAUCAAUGUGUACGCCCUGGCAGGCCUGGCACCACACAUCAACAUCAACGCCACCAUCCCGCUGCUCCAGGCUCAUCCUCAGCUGAAGCAGUGCAUUCGGCAAGCAGUAGAGCGAGCUGUGCAGGAGCUGGUCCACCCCGUGGUCGAUCGCUCCAUCAAAAUUGCGAUGACGACCUGUGAGCAAAUCAUCAGGAAGGACUUUGCCCUCGAUUCAGAGGAGUCCCGCAUGCGCGUGGCUGCCCAUCACAUGAUGAGAAACCUGACGGCCGGCAUGGCCAUGAUCACCUGCCGCGAGCCGCUGCUCGUCAGCAUCGCCACCAACCUGAAGAACAGCUUCAAUGCUGCACUUAGGGCACCGACUCCACAACAGAGGGAGAUGAUGGAGGAUGCCGCAAACAGGAUUGCACAAGAAAACUGUGAACUGGCUUGCUGUUUCAUCCAGAAAACCGCAGUGGAAAAGGCCGGUCCAGAAAUGGACAAGAGACUAGCCACGGAGUUUGAGCUGAGGAAGCAUGCACGCCAAGAAGGACGUCGCUAUUGUGAUCCGGUUGUCCUGACUUACCAAGCCGAACGUAUGCCUGAGCAGAUCAGACUCAAGGUGGGAGGAGUGGACCCAAAGCAGCUGGCUGUGUAUGAGGAGUUUGCCAGGAACGUUCCAGGAUUCUUGCCGAGUAACGAUCUUUCCCAGCCCACAGGCUUCUUGGCUCAGCCCAUGAAGCAACAGGCAUGGGCCACUGAUGAUGUGGCUCAGAUCUACGAGAAGUGCAUGGCAGACUUGGAGCAGCAUCUUCAUGCCAUUUCUCCAGGCCAUGCCAUGAAUCCCCUGACCCAGGCCCUGCGCAGCCUGCUCGAAGCUGUGGCUUUAGCCAGGAACUCCAGGGACGGCAUUGCUGCGCUCGGUCUCCUGCAGAAGGCUGUGGAGGGUCUUCUGGAUGCCACGAGUGGAGCAGAUGCUGACCUGUUGCUUCGCUAUCGGGAAUGCCAUCUGCUUGUGCUGAAAGCCCUGCAGGACGGACGUGCCUAUGGCCCACAGUGGUGCAACAAGCAGAUCACCAGGUGUCUGAUUGAAUGCCGAGAUGAAUAUAAAUACAACGUGGAGGCCGUGGAGCUUCUGAUUAGAAACCAUCUUGUGAAUAUGCAGCAAUAUGAUCUGCACCUUGCACAGUCAAUGGAAAACGGAUUGCACUACAUGGCAGUUGCCUUUGCCAUGCAGUUGGUCAAGCUGCUGUUGGUCGAUGAGCGCAGUGUGAGCCACGUCACAGAAGCUGACCUCUUCCAUACCAUUGAGACUCUGAUGAGAACCUGUGCACACUCCAGAGGCAGCGCGCCCGAGGGACUUCCCCAGCUGAUGGAUGUUGUACGCUCCAACUACGAAGCCAUGAUCGACAGGGCCCACGGCGGACCCAACUUCAUGAUGCACUCCGGGAUUUCUCAGGCGUCCGAGUACGACGAUCCCCCCGGCCUGAGGGAGAAGGCGGAGUACCUUCUGCGGGAAUGGGUCAACCUGUAUCACUCGGCGGCAGCGGGAAGAGACAGCACCAAGGCAUUCUCUGCCUUUGUUGGCCAGGUUAAAAAUGAGUUAUCAAUGCAUCAGCAGGGCAUCCUGAAAACCGACGACUUGAUCACACGAUUCUUCCGGCUGUGCACAGAAAUGUGCGUGGAAAUAAGCUACCGAGCACAGGCUGAACAGCAGCACAAUCCGGCGGCGAGUGCAGCCAUCAUCAGGGCCAAGUGUUACCACAACCUGGACGCCUUCGUGAGGCUCAUUGCCCUCCUGGUCAAACACUCCGGAGAGGCAACCAACACGGUGACAAAAAUCAACCUCCUCAACAAGGUGCUCGGUAUUGUGGUUGGGGUCCUGAUCCAGGACCAUGAUGUGCGUCAGACGGAGUUCCAGCAGCUGCCAUACCACCGGAUCUUCAUCAUGCUGCUGCUGGAGCUCAAUGCCCCAGAGCAUGUGCUGGAGACCAUCAACUUCCAGACCCUCACUGCCUUCUGCAAUACCUUUCACAUCCUGAGACCCACCAAAGCCCCCGGCUUUGUGUACGCCUGGCUGGAGCUCAUCUCACAUCGCAUCUUCAUUGCCAGGAUGCUGGCACACACCCCACAGCAGAAGGGUUGGCCCAUGUAUGCACAGCUGCUGAUUGAUCUCUUUAAGUUCCUUGCCCCAUUCCUGAGGAAUGUAGAGCUGAACAAACCUAUGCAAAUUCUUUACAAGGGCACGCUGCGGGUGCUUCUGGUCCUGCUGCAUGACUUCCCAGAGUUCCUCUGCGAUUACCAUUACGGCUUCUGCGAUGUGAUCCCACCCAACUGCAUUCAGCUCCGCAACCUCAUCCUCAGUGCCUUUCCACGCAACAUGAGGCUUCCUGACCCUUUCACACCCAAUCUCAAGGUGGACAUGCUGAGUGAGAUCAACAUUGCUCCUCGGAUCCUCACCAACUUCACAGGGGUGAUGCCUUCUCAGUUUAAGAAGGAUCUGGAUUCCUAUCUGAAGACACGCUCACCGGUCACCUUCCUGUCUGAGCUGCGCAGUAACCUGCAGGUGUCAAACGAGCCAGGAAACCGCUACAACAUCCAGCUGAUCAAUGCUCUAGUGCUGUAUGUGGGUACACAGGCAAUUGCUCACAUCCACAACAAGGGAAGCACCCCUUCCAUGAGCACCAUCACCCACUCUGCACACAUGGACAUCUUCCAGAACCUGGCGGUGGACCUGGACACUGAGGGUCGUUACUUAUUCCUGAACGCGAUCGCCAAUCAGCUGCGCUACCCCAACAGCCACACACACUACUUCAGCUGCACCAUGCUCUAUCUGUUCGCUGAGGCCAACACCGAGGCCAUCCAGGAGCAGAUCACCAGGGUUCUGCUGGAGAGGUUGAUCGUGAACAGGCCGCACCCAUGGGGCCUCCUCAUCACUUUCAUCGAGCUGAUCAAGAAUCCCGCCUUCAAGUUCUGGAGCCAUGACUUCGUGCACUGUGCCCCCGAGAUCGAAAAGCUGUUCCAGUCGGUGGCUCAGUGCUGCAUGGGCCAGAAACAGGCGCAGCAGGUGAUGGAGGGCACCGGUGCCAGCUAGCCUGUGUACCAGCCGCUUUGUAGCCCUCGGGAGAGACGCCGUGGCCUUGACCCGCCCCACCGCACACUCACACCUUCCUCUUUACUGUCGGCACUGGAUAAACUGGCACCCACAGUCGUUUGAAAUGUGGAUGAACGGACUACUGCUCACGGAUCUGAAGAGUUGGAGGAGUUUUUUUUUUUGUUUUUGUUUUUUGUUGAUCACUUGGGGGCCGAUUUGAGAUGACCGGAUUGGGGGACAUGCUGUUUAAUAUACUUUUUGAUGCUUUGAUGUAAAUAUUGAAGAAAAAAAGGGAGAACAGGGGAGUAGACAAGUGGGAGAGCAAUGCACAUGUCAACUAAAAUGUAUCCUGACAUGUAAAGACAGCUAAACAUAUUUUCACUCGCUACCAAAGUCCUUGGUUUGCUUCCCUCCCACAGACCCUCUGUUCACUUCUUAGGUUUUGUUCUUUGCUUUUGAAGGCUGAAUGGUAGGUGAUUGAAGAAAAAAAAAAAAGCCGCCUGCUACUUUGAUUUGAUUCCUUUUCAUCCCCACGUGGGACAGAAAGAUGUUGUUCGGUCUCCCAGGUGGGCUGGGCUUGGCUGGGGUGGGGCGGGGCAGAGGGGUCCGCUCUUGGCGUGUUGUUGGAGAUUGUUUGCGGAUAGCUUGUCCAUUUGAAACCGGCUCUGGAAGUCUCUCCCUGGCACCUGUAAAAUUGUGCAGAAGUGAUGGCAACAUCAAAUCUUGACAAAUUGUAAAAAGACCCAAAUUGAAGAACAACAAUAGAAGGACCAAUACAGCCCAUUUUGUAACAUUUUGAAUGUUUUGUAAAUGUAUUGGUCCGUGUGUUGUAUUUUGUAGUCCUUUCUAGUUUGCCUUUAGUUCUUGCUACUUAACUGCAGUAUGCAUACAUACCGGAAAUAAAGCAUUCAAACUGCAA